CAACUCUCGUGACCUUCAUCAUGAAACGCAGAUACAUUUUUCUGUAUUUCAAACGAUAAAUUAUUACAUAUUCCGAGAAACAGGCUUUCGAAACAAGUGAUUAAAUGAAGUAUAAUAAUGCCUUAGUCCAUACCUGACUUAUAAUUACUCAUUAAAUAGAAAUAAGAAUAAUUUAAACGUAUGUAAAACAAAAUAGAAUCGAGUACGAUCGAAUUAGUAUAUAGUGUACUCUUAAUACUGAAAGCCAUUUAUAGAAAAUAAUGACUCCGAAGGUAGAAAAAUUAUUAAAUGGGUUUUUAUUGAGUGAAGGCCCCCAUUGGGAUCAUAAUACUCAAUGUCUUUAUUUUGUCGACGUAACUGCGAGUACAAUUCAUAAAUAUGUGCCACGUGAAAACAAGCACACCCAAGCAAGAAUUGGAAAUUACAAUGUAUCGAUAAUAAUUCCAAUAAAGGAUAAAAAAAAUAAUUUUUUGGUUACGUUGGAUAGAUCUGUCGCUUUAAUAGAAUGGGACGGAGAAAGUGAAGAGGUAACAGCUAUUCAAAAACUUUGUACAGUCGAGGAAGGUACCGUUCAUGUUUUCAACGACGGAAAAUGUGAUAAAACCGGAAGAUUAUGGUUAGGUACUAUGUCAAAAUCGGCUGCUAAAGUUGAUGGAAUUGAGGAUAAUCAAGGUGCACUUUAUAGUUUUUACAAUAACACUAUUAACACUCAUAGACACAAUGUUGGUAUAUCAAAUGGUAUAGCCUUCGAUUAUGUUCGAGAAAAAAUGUAUUAUAUCGAUUCGUACCGCUACAGCAUUGAUCAAUACGAUAUUAAUUUCGAAAAAGGAACUCUAUCAAACCAGAAAACAAUAUUUAAAAACGAAAAUAAAGAUAUUUUAUGCGAUGGGAUGACUAUAGAUACUGAUGGUAAUCUUUGGGUAGCUAUGUUUGGUGCAGCCGCCGUUUAUAACAUUGAUCCGAGAACAGGAAAUAUUCUCCAAACUGUUAAAAUUCCCGCUGAUCAGAUAACAUCAGUUUCAUUUGGAGGACCUAAUUUGGACGAACUUUAUGUUACAAGCGGAUCUAUUAUAGAUAGAUCUUUUGGACAAUGGCCUGGAUCGAUUUUCCGUGUCACAGGCUUGAAUGUUAAAGGAUUUCAAGCUGAUGAAGCUGUAAUUUAACUAUUAAAGUUUAUAAUUACUGAAUAAAUCGUGAAAAAUUA